CUCCGUCACUUCCUGGAGACGCGGCUCUGGAUUCUGCUCUGGAAGAUGGCGGCGGCGAGCUCGGAGCGGGCUUCGACCGAAGAGGAACCCGAACUAGAGGCAGCAGCCAAGCCCGAGCCGGACCCGUGGAGGGGGCCGGGGUCUGUAGUCAAACGGGACCCCGAGGUGAAACUGCAGAGCCCCGUGAGCGGCUUGGAACCGCUGUCGUGGUCAGAAGACCACCGGCUCUCGGCCUCCAGCACCAGCAGCAUCUCUCUGUUGGAAAUCGUCUGCGACCUGCACGGCUACGGGCAGGAUCUGGUGAUCCACAGGACAUCCAUCCCGGUCCCGGAGCGCACCUGCGUGCUCAGGGUGGGCCCUGAAAAGAAGGUGGCUGAGAUCAAGGAGAUUUUCGCCAACUCUAAGGACCCGACGGUCAGCCAGCCUUUCAUGCUGGACCGGCUGCUGAACCCCGAGGGAGGAGCGUUGACGCCCCAGCGCGGAUUCAAGUAUACCAGCUGGUCCCCGCUGGGCUGCGACAGCAACGGCCGCUGCCUCCUGGCUUCCUUGACUCUGGACAACCGGCUGACGAUCCAUGGCAACCUGAACCGCCUCCAGUGGACAUCCCUGGUGAACCUGACAGAGGUGUACGGGGAGAUGCUGGAGGAGAAAUCCUACCAGCUGCCGGGGGCCGAGGCUCCCUGCGGGGAGCUGGAGGACCUGCCUGAGUUCCAGCGGCGGCACCGCAUGCAGUGCCCCGUCCGGAUGGAGUGGUCGAGCGUCUGCACCACCCAGCAGGUCCAGACCAACAACGAGUGCAAGGACGUGGGCACAGUGCUGCUGGCCGUGCUGCUGGAGAAUGGGGACGUGGCGGUCUGGCAGUUCCAGCUGCCUUUCCUCGGGAGAGACUCCAUCGUGUCCUGCAACACCAUCCAGUCUGGCGUCUCGGCUCCCAGCGUGCUGGCGUGGUGGGAGUACGAGCACAGCGGGCGCAAGAUGAGCGGGCUCAUCGUGGGCAGCUCGGUGGGGCCUGUCAAGAUCCUGCCAGUCAACCUGAAAGCGGUCAAGGGCUACUUCACCCUGCGACAGCCCGUGGUGCUGUGGCAGGAGACAGACCAGAUCCCUGUGCACAACAUCAAGUGCAUCUCCCUCUACCACCCUUACCAGAAGUGCAGCUGCAGCCUGGUGGUGGCCGCCCGCGGCUCCUACCUCUUCUGGUGCCUCCUCCUCAUCUCCAAAGCCGGCCUGAACGUCCAUAACUCUCACGUCACGGGCCUGCACUCCAUGCCCAUCACCUCAAUGACCGCCAGCCGAUACGGGGGCGCCAUAUACACGUCCUCGGCGGACGGCAGCGUCAAAAAGCUGACGCCGAUCUUCACGGACUUGGCGGUGAUGUUUGAGCAGGAGCUCAUCCGCUUGCCCGACGGUGUGGCCGGUCGGCGGGCGUAUGGCAUCACCACCAGCCCCAACGGGGCGUAUCUGGCCCUGGUGACCACAGAGGGACUGACCAACGGGUUGCAUCCGGUCAGUCGGAGCUACCGGGUCCAGUUCGUCACCCUCAAGACACCCGACGAGGCUGCUGCUGAGUUGCUGGAGUCCAGCAUCCAGAACCUCUUCAAGCAGGCUGACCUGGUGGACCUGGUGCGCUGGAAGGUGCUGAGGGACAAGCGCAUCCCUCCCAUGCUGCAGGAGGAGCUGGACGAGAAGGUGCACACCUCAGGCUCCACCUACCUCUGGAGGUUCAAGCUGUUCCUCUUCAGGGUGCUCUACCAGUCCCUCCAGAAAGCCCCCUCCGAAGCCCGCUGGAAGCCCUCGCACAAAGACUCCAAGGUCUUCAUCAAGGAAGGGGGCUCGGCGAGGUCGACGAGGAGAGGAGGCGAGGAGGAGGGGGGGGAUGAGGAAGAGGAGGGGGAGGAGCCCACAGCCUCCACCUCGGAGGGAAUGGGAGGACAGUGUCAGGAGGACAGCGUGUCGGAGGAGCAGAUGAGCGAGAUCAUUGCCUGGAUCGAGGCCGUGGAGUCCCACCUCACAAGGGAGCACAUGAAGAGGGUCCUGGGGGAGGUCUACCUGCACACCUGGAUCACGGAGAACACCAGCAUCCCCACCAGGGGAGUCUGCGACUUCCUCAUGAGUGACCCCACCUACGAGGACAGGGCCGCCAGGGUGCUGAUUGGUCACAUCUUCAAGAAGAUGAAUAAGCAGACGUUUCCAGAGUACUGCAGCCUCUGUAAGGAGGUCCUGCCUUUCACAGACCGUAGGCAGGCAGUCUGCUCCAAUGGACACAUGUGGCUAAGGUGCGUGCUGUCAUACCAGGCCUGUCAGACGCUAUCUUACAGAAGGUGUUUGUUGCAAGACAGCAUAGCCAGGCAUCCCGUCCCCGACGACCCCGAUUGGAUAAAACGGAUUUUGCAAGGACCUUGUACUUUCUGUGACUCCCCGCUGUUCUAACUAAAGGACUCCUGUGUGGUUUUAGGGACUGCUGUGGGACAGACUCUUCUUUUUGGAAAACAAACCUCCGGUCCAGACAGUUUAGCUGCACAUGACCUUUUAUUUUUAAUAUGUUUGGAAAUAUAUAUAAUGUGUUUGUAUAUUAAAAAUCCCAUCAAUGUAAGUUAUGGGUAAUUCGACUUUGCAGUUCAGAACGCUGGUGCUGAAAGUGUGAUGAACAAGGAUUUAGAGAAAUCUGUACACCCCGCCCUCCCCUCCCCUCCCCUCCCCUCUCCUCUCCUUGUUGGCUCAGACGGAAAGUAGAUUCUGUGUAAUGUUCAUGAAGGCGUGUGUAAGUGUUCUGUAUGUGAUGGAGGCCUCUCAAACAUCUGUGUGCUUUACCCUUUAUCAAUAUAGUGAUUAGACAUGGCAGUGGACCACUUGGUGUUCAACGGGCUUAGCCAGUGCUUCACAUGUAAAAGAUCUGUUCUGAGCUUAGGCUGGGAGCUAGAAGAUCAUAUUGACAGAUAUUACAUUUCACUUGGGCUCCAAAAAAGACUGCACAGUACUGUGAAUGCUGUCCAACACCCUGUCAUUCACCAGCACAGUUUAGCACCUCAGUGAAUAAAACUGCCCUGUAAAAAACAAAAAGGAAUAUUUAAAAGAGAGAGAGAGAGAGAGAGAGAGAGUGUGUAUGUGUAUCUCUCUCAUACAAUGUAAUUGAAGCAAUACUUAAUGAGAGUGCUGGCUAAUUUAUGUGAGCUAGUGAUCGGCUGAGGCUUUGCAUAUAUACAAAACAAAAAAAAACACCAUAGCCCCUCCUGGGAUGGUUAAUGAGAUUCCCCCUAACGAGGGACAGCUCCUACUGGCAGAGUGAGCCUUUCAUUUUUAAUUACAAAAAAAAAACACGGGUCCUGGGAGAGGGUGCCAUGCAGGACAUGAAGUUCAUACUCCCCUAACUGCCUCUUACAACAGAGAGGUUAGCAGCCUUGGCUCCACGACAGCAGUGUACCUUUAGAACUUGAGAGUAAAACCACUCUCACAGCUGUAAAUACGUCAACACAAAUUCAAAGGGUCUUUUAAUAGUGCAACGCACUGGGGACGGUUAUUACAGGCAGCGAAACCCACUUGUUUAUGACCAUUCCCAAGUGAAUGAUCAUAUUCUAUUAUUAUUUGUUUAUUUAGCACAAGCUUUUAUCCAAGAUGUCUUGCAGAGACUGGGGCGUGUGAACUGUGCAUCAGCUGCAGGGGUUAAGUGACUUGCU